UAGUUUUAUACUUUUUUAAUCAUAUAUUUCAGAUAAAACAAUGAUUUUUAGUAUUAUUUUUACAUCAUUGUUAGCAAUAAGCUGGUCAGUAAGUCCACCACAAUUGCAAGAAAGAGAUGUGGCAAUUCCAAUUCUCAGUCAAUCAUCGGAAGUAAGUCCCGAUGGGACAUUUUUCAAUCAAUACGAAACUGCAAAUGGAAUUACAUAUGAGGAACGUGGAAUUUUAAAAAAUAUUGGACAACAAGAGGAAGCUGCCUCAGUUCAAGGCACUGCUAGUUGGCCCUCACAAGAUGGCACUCCAAUUCGAUUAGAUUGGCAGGCUGAUGAAAAUGGUGCCAUUUUUCAAGGUGAUCAUAUACCAACACCACCGCCAAUUCCAGUACUCAUACAACGUGCUCUCGAUUGGCUAGCUGCUAAUCCAAAUCGACAAAUAGAUGAUAAAAAAACGUAAAAAAAAUUACCUGAAAUCCUCCUCAUUAUAUGCAACAGAUUAAAAAUUUUAAAUUAAUUUUUCUAUUUACAAAUUUUUAUUUAUUAUAAAAUUUUGUUAUAAAUAAAUUUUAUUUGUAAUUAAAAUUUA